GAUAGACGCUCUGUCUCGUGUGACGUAUAGAUAUCAACUUUGGAUACGCUCCUCCAUGUAACAUUAAACACCGAUUGCAUUUGAUAUCGAUAUUCGGUUCUGCCAGAUUGAUAAUAACUUAUUAGAGUGCCAGAGUGAAUGUCGUCCAUUCACGACGCGGUCUGGGUCUAUCUGUUAAAGUGUGUCGUCUCACGUACUCCAACACAUUUGAAGCAGACAAGUAGCUACACGGAUACAAGUUCCAAGAUACUUCAUUACUUGUAUAACCAAAAUAAGAUGAUAUCUGUUACAAGCUCCGGAAAUUGUGUUUUUCAUUGGGUGACAGCAAACUAAUGGAACUGAUUUCUGUGUUUGACAUUAAUGACAAAUUUUCUGAAAAGGGGGCCCAGUGGCCGGUUUCCAUCUGAGUGAAUUCCCCGAUACUCGCAUCUUCAUUUACGAUCCAAUGCAACCACAGUGAGGAGGUACCAACCUGAGCAGAAGUAAAGGAGUUUAGCGGAACGGAGUGAGAAGUUGUCGGGGGAUUAGCGGGCCAGUAUGGCGAGUAAGCGAUCCAUGAGCGUGAUUAAAUUAGUUGAAGAUGAGGAAUUUCCUGCGAAGAAAGCACUUUUUCAUAGUAACAUGAGUGAUGGUGAGAGUGCCGAAACUUCGUCCGACGAGGAACACGAAAUAGAACUUGAAAGUAGUGUCAUCGAUAGUGAAAUUAGGAAAACAGUCGUUGUGAACAAAGAUGACGGCGAAAUGCACAAGAAUAAGAAAGAUGAACCGACGAAAACGACUGGCAAAAAAACUGUAGCGCAAAUGGUGAAGGACAAGAAGAAACAAACCGCUCUAACCUUACAAUGAAAUGGUUAGAAUGUCAAUUUUUCAGGUUGGAAUAUUACAAAUUUUUGGCUCGGGUUUUGUGCUCGCAUCAUUUAUUGUAUGGCUGGAAGAGAAUUACUGUAUAUGUGAUGGCGUAUGCCUACCGCGAUGUAUACUCUACUCACAUUACUUGGACUUCUGCAGAAAAGAGAGUCUGGACCCAGCUUGUGCUGCUACGUUCGGCAAGACAAUUCGACAAAAAUUUCCUAAUUUGACAACAAGACGACUUGGAACAAGAGGGCAUUCAAAAUAUCAUUACUACGGUAUUGGCAUCAAAGAGUCAAGUGCAUAUUAUCAUACUGUGUACUCUACAAAAGGACUAACCAGAUUUUCCGGAGCAAGAUUAAAGAGCGAGGGCGGUUUCACCCGGAAGUAUUCACUGUCAUCCAAGACAGGGACACUCCUACCAGACUUCCCGGAUGCUCAGCACAUGGCACUUCCAUUCGCUCUGUCUGCGGAGAGGGUUGACACUCUUCUUGUGAUGUACAAAACACACUCUCAGUGCAUAUUAGACACAAUCAUUAACUCAAGCUUUGAUGAGAUCCAGAACUUUCUGCUGCAUUUCUGGCAAGGCAUGCCCGAUCACCUUCAGCCGUUGCUCGAUAACCCGAUCAUGAUUGAUCUCAUCUGUAUCUGUGAUUCCAUACUGUACAAGACUGUGAUUGAUAUUCUUAUCCCAGCUACCAUGCAGGAAAUGCCUGAAAGUUUACUGACAGAUAUCCGACGUUUCACUCGGCAAUGGGAGAUAUGGAUGACGUCAUCACUUGAAAACCUUCCAGAUGCGCUCAAAGAAUCCAAGAUGACAGUGGCUAGACGUUUCAUCCAGUCGCUUAAAAGACAAUCAUCGUUCCUUCAUUUAGCUCAGACUGCUCGUCCAGUCCUCUUCGACCAACAGCUCGUAGAUCAGAUGAUCGAGGAUCUUGAGAAAGUUGAUCUUUGCUCUAUCGGAUCUCAGGCAAUGCUGUCUGUCUCACAAGAUGAAGCAGAUUCCGAAUUGAACACAGAAUUUCUGAAUGAUUUCCAGGAACUUCUGAAGAAGCAGGCGACAGUCGAGGCCUUCACUGAAUGGCUGGAUCAGGUUGUCGAGUCAAAGGUCAUCAAGCCAAGCAAACAAAAUGGGCGGUCAUUCAAGAAGCGAGCUCAGGAUUUCCUGCUGAAAUGGUCCUUCUUCGGAGCUCGAGUGAUGCAUUCAUUAACAAUCAACAAUGCCCAGAGUUUUGCUUCUUUCCAUUUGAUACGAAUGCUAUUGGAUGAAUACAUUCUGCUAGCUGUCGAGAGUCAGUUCAACUCUGAAAAGGACAACGACCUUCAAAAUCGCCUUGAAAAGCACAUGAAGGCAUCAGGUAACAGCCAGAGACCUCUUUCUAAUCCAGCUGGGUCAUGUUUUCUUGCUAACCGCAAUGGCGUGCCGAGACAGCAGACUGGCCUUAUAGACCAGCCGCAUUGUAAGCGGGAAGACAUGAUGGAUCACAACCGCAAUGCACUCUAUCCCGGACAUAUGGGCUCCUUGGGGCCUGGGGAAAGAGACUACCUCAUGCCAUAUGGAACGACUCCGCCUCAUCAUUCCCUCGGAUCCCGCAGCAACCCGAUGUUGACUCCACCCAUCUCGCCCAUUGUGAUGCGUAGCUCUGUCAUCAACCAAACGCCGUUACCGCUGGCACCUCAUGCAGGCCCCGCCCAUAACCAGCCGUUCAUGCCGUCCACAUCUCCACAGACUGGUUUCCCGUACGUCAAUCACAUUCAGGGGCAGGAACCCUAUCUCACCUCGGCUAGGACCCCAAACUACAUGGCCCCGUACCCAGCAUCAAACUACUACCACCAUCCUACUGUGUUUCCACAAGGCUACAACAACCCCCCUUAUUAUUCACGGUCACAUGACUCAAUGGAUACAGGGGGAGUGGCUUAUCCAGAUUCCUACCCACAUCGAGAUGACCGUUACUAUGGCAACUGCACAAUGGGCGGGGAAAGGCAGGAUGUAGGGGAGUCUUCCUUUUCUUACGCUAACGGUUAUAACCAAGGUUAUUACCACCCAAGCCAGACAGAAAAUCAGAACAAGCAAGUUGCAGAGAGGGUCUCAGUCAUCACCAGCAAUUCUUUCAGCAACCGCGUUACCAGACCGGAUCAUCAGUCGAACCCUAGCUCGGACGGCUAUGAACAGGAGAUGCGAUCCUUUGAGUACCCUGGCCAAAACGGUGAACGAAUCCGCCAGGAACACUUUGGUAAUGAGGCGCACACUCUUGGUAUGUUGGAAGCCAAUUGUGGGGAGCAGGGAAAGAGUCUUCAAGACAGCUUCAUCAACCAAUCAUCAUUCCAAGAUCAAACCCAUCAAAAUUACCCUAUGGGCAGCAAUGGACUGAACCCAAGCCAAACUGGCACCAGUGUGACUUCACACCCCUACGGACAGCCUGGGAUGUACCAUUCAAACAAUGGGGAAGCAGCACGUGCACUGUCACAGAGGGACCAUUUGGAAACGACCACUAAUCAUCAAUUAGGUGUAACUACGUCCCUUACGGAGAGUAGACAUGAAGCGCCCCUGCCUUCAAUAAACACAGUUUUCAGCCUCUAACAAAUUUUAAUAAAUAAAAGAAAUCUAGUAUUAUAGUAAGUUUUAAAAAGUCAGAUGUUUUUAUUUGUAAUAAACAACAUAUUACAGUCAAGUUUUAUGACCAAUAAGCAACUGCUAUGUAUAUUCUAGUCCUUGCAAUAUUUGUCAAAGUCUUAGUCCUCCUAUUACUGAUCUGAUCUAACACUGCAAGAGGCAAGCAAAGGAAUGCCUGCAACUGUACUUGAUUUAAACUGACAGAAUGCUGACCACCAAGGAUCCAGCUACAUUACAAGAAAGUCCAUUGUUCUGGAUUCAACAAAUUGAACGUGAAAUAUCUCCUAGUUCCCAAGAAGAACUUAAAAACAUUGAUAUCAUAAUUUUUCCUUCUAUUUUUUUUAAAGCUUAUCAAGCCAAGAAAAGACACCUAAAAAUGAUGUUAAUAUGAUUUAUCCCGUAGUGCCUUUAAAAAGUUUAUUGAACCAAAUUAAGAGAAAGGAGCACUUCCAAAAAUGUUUCGAGCACAAAAAAAAUAUUUCAGAGCAAAUACCAAGUAAUUCCCAGGGAGUGUUUCACAAAGAUUUAAGUGUAGCUUAGAGACAUAUUCUAAUUUUGAUUGUGUUUGGUAUUAUAACACCUCACUGCAUUGGCCAGAUCAAGAGCACAGGACGUCCACUAAGCGUAUCAAUUAAUCAUAUUAUGCGUUCAAUAACAGAGCAUUGGCGUUUACGCAUGACUCUCAGUCACACUUAAUUCUAUGUGAAACACCCCCAGAUGUAAUUCAUACUGUUUCAAAGAUGAGCAAAUACAGUACAUGUAUAUCUUUACUGGUAUUGUCAUGUAUAAAACUUUCUGAUAAUGCCCAGGGAAAUAUAUUUUGCGACAAUCUGUUUUCGAGAUGAUAAAACAGUACUUUGGGUUUCAUUGCGAUUCUGUAUCUGUACAUAGAUUCUUCUGCUGUACAAUUAAACCAUAUAAAUGUGGAUUAUUAUCAUUAUCAUUCCAUUAUAUUAUUUUUCAUGCUGGACAUGAAAGUGCAUUUUGUUCACAUGUUAAUACUUUCAUAUAUUGUAGUUUAUGUGUACGGUGUGUGUGAUGAUGUCAUUAGUUGUCUUUCAAAUCGAGUGUAUUUCUUAAAUAUGAAUAUAUAUUUCAAUUCAAUAUUGAAAAAUGUUAAUAAAACAAUUCAAGCAUUUCUGCAAUGUGUUACUAUCAGGGAUGCCAUUUAGGCUUGAUAAAAAGGUCUGAUAAUCAUCUAAAUGACCCCUUUUCUACAUGAAAAAAGCGUUUCUUUAUCCUUUAAUACCGCUUUUAAAACAGAAUAUCAAAUCUCAAAACUCUUCACUUAUUCAUGUGGAGGCAUCGUGGUCUAGUGGUUAUUAAAGACUCUUGUCUUUCAAUCUGAGGGACAUGGGUAUGAUUCCAGCAAGAAAUUUACCCACAUUUUGCUGCACUCAACCCAGGUGAGGUAAAUGGGUACCGGCAGGAAGUAACUCCUCAAAAAGUUGUGAGCACCGGAAUAGGUAGACUAGCUUAGCCAGGGUAAUAUGAGUGCCUUGAGCACCUAACAAGUUUGAUAUGUGCGCUAUACAAAUCCUACAUUAUCUAUUCAUUCUGGGUAAUGCCAUUUUCUAUUCCAUUUGUUGUGGCUUUAGAUCAAGUUUUCUUUGAUGAAAAACAUCCCUUCCUCAAAUCAAAGGGAAAUUUCACAAUGACAUCUAGUUGCAUCUUGAUGAACGCGGAAAAGAUAGAGGAUCACAUUUUACAAGUUUGACACAAAUUAAGAGUUAACAACUUUCUAAAAUGUUGCUUUAACUCUUUGUGCGCAGGGCCAUGAACCCCUCUGUGCUGAAUUAUUUUCAGGGAGGGAAACAAUAGAUUGUUUGUUUGAGCAUGAAAUGCGAAGUUUGCAUGGCACCGAUUGAGCAUUGGUGCGAGGUAUGCGUGGUAAGGGCUAAUGACGUCAUAUGAGAGCUGCUGCCUCAUACAGUAUAUCAUGUUACAUGAAUUCUCACAUUUAUAUCCUAAGGAUUCAUGACAGAAAAUAGUUUUUGUCAUAUAAUUGCAAAUGGAAUUACAUGUAUAAUGGUAUAGCUGCUCGCGUAUGACAUCAAAAUAAACAUACCGGUAAUUAUAUUCUAUGAACAAAAAAAAUGUGUGCUAUGCAAUGUGAUGAAAUAUAGACAUUCUUUCAUCCUUUCACUGUACAUAUAGCUGUUGGUAUCAUUGACUGAGUAAUAAAAAACAGUAUCCAUAUAUCUUUGCAAUUUUACUUGUGUUUUAUUAAGACUGAGACAUGAGCAUUUAAACAUAUAUAUGUAAGAUUU